AUGAGACCUGAGAGCCAGCAGCUCUCCAAGCCGGUCACGGAAUUUUUCCCAAGCCUCUUAGUGGGUGCCCCUCCACCCCCGCCCGCCANCCUCUCUUCCCCGAGCCACCGCCUCCCCGGGCAGGCCUCACUGCCCACCGAGCCGGGCCGCCACUGCCCCAGCCCGUGCCUCCCNCCGGGCGAGCCGGAGAGGAAGGUCCACUCCCGGGCUCGCAUCCCUGCAGCCGUGCGGGCCGCACCGCCCUGGCCUCACCGGUCCCCGACUCCGGCUCAGCGGCCCAUCCGGCCGGCCUCUCCUCGGGGCGCUGCAGGAGCAGGGUCGCGGCCCGGGACUCAGGGAUUGGUCCGCGCGGCAGCUUCUCGCCUCCCGCACCGCCUCCUGCCUUCGGCUGCCACCUCCGUACCCCCGCCCUCGGCCGAGAAGCCGAUCCUUGGAGCCAGACUCCAGCUUGCAGGCAGUAGGCUGGCAUUUGGAGCGGUGUCUCCCCGCAGGAACCCCACCCCUUCCCACCUCCUCGCCCCACUCCGCUCGCUCCCGAGCCGUCAGUCUCUCCAUUCCCCCUCCCGGUCUCGUCCUUCCUCCUGUCCCGCUCGCUCUCCCGCCCUUCGCUUUCAUCCUCCUAUCCCCACCUCUCCAACCUCCUCUUUCAUCCCCCUCCCCUCUCCUCUCCUCCCCGCUCCCGCCUGCCCCACCCCUGGGAAGCCCCUCCCGUCGGGCAGCGCCGCCUUAAAAGCGGGUUCCCUUCCCGGGGGCGGCAGCGGCUGGUCGGCGGCAGCUCUGCUGGUGCGGGGGCGGCGAGCAAGACCGAGCGACCGCGACCGGAGCGCGCCGGCCACCGCCCGCAUCGUCCUCCCGCCUGCCCGCCCGCCCGCCCUCCGGACGGCCGCAGCCCUGCGGGUCUCUGCUCCGGACCCACCCCCGCCCCACCCCGCGCGCCUCUGCCGCCUCUUGCAGCGAGCCAGCUUGCCGAGCGGCCGUCGCUGCCGCUGCCGCCGCCGCCACCGCGCCAAGUUCCGGCCGCGGCCACCCUCCGCCGUCCAGGGCUCCUCCGCCUCGGCCCCGGGACCCCGGCUCCCCGCCAGCCCCGGCCCCGGCACCAUGUCGGAGAAGAGCGUGGAGGCAGCGGCCGAGCUGAGUGCCAAGGACCUGAAAGAAAAGAAGGACAAGGUGGAGGAGAAGGCUGGCCGGAAAGAACGGAAGAAAGAAGUAGUGGAGGAAGAGGAGAAUGGAGCUGAGGAAGAGGAAGAAGAAACUGCAGAAGAUGGAGAGGAUGAUGAUGAAGGGGAUGAAGAAGUGACUUGUUUCUGGCUCCUCAGAUGAGGAAGAAGAAGAGGAGGAGGAUGAAGGCCCCGUGCGGAAGAGAACUGCUGAAGAGGAGGAUGAAGCAGACCCCAAGAGGCAGAAGACAGAAAACGGGGCAUCGGCAUGAACCCCUGCCCGUGGGCUUGGGGAUGGGAGGCCCCUCAGGUCCUGGAGGUGGGGCGGGAACACACAAAUCCAGCCCCCCUUCUCCUGGCUCCCUGCUCUGGCCCUGCCCCAGAGCUGUGACCCUUGUCCUUUGACCCAGCCUCUCAUUUCCAUCUCUCCAGACACUGCUCCUUCACCCUCACUGCCACCAGUCCAGCUCCCGAUCCGCCUCAUCUGAGCUCCCCAGCCAGCCCUCACUUGCCCUAGCAUUCUUGUUCUUCUUUCCUGCCUUCCCUCACCAUCCCAUAUGUUCCGGUCCUUGCGAAGCCUCUCCUUCCCCUCUGCACCUNGAGCCUCUCAGCCUGCCCUUCUUUCUCCUGCCUGAUCCCUGGGUCUCCCUCAGAUUCCCUCCUCUCAGACAGCGCCAGGCCGGGGUGGGGCUGGGGUUGGGGCCAAGCCCCGAAGCUGCCCCCUCCCCUUUUUGUAUAAUUUAAUAAAGAAACGGUCGCGCUUCUGUUUUUAA